AUGAGGCCGUUCUACACGAUGCUACUGGCCCUCGCCAUUGUGGUGCUCUGUUCAGAUACGGUGACAAAGGUGGUGACGGCUAACGGCGGUGGCGCCACUGCGACGGUGACCCCCAUGGACUGCAAGGUGCUCCCGACCAUCCCCGGCAUAUGCAAUCCUGACAAGUGCAUGGAGUACUGCCAGGAACGCAUCAGCGGCACCUCGGUGGGCGAGUGCGUUUCCGACGGAUGCCGGUGCACGUACUGCGGUAUCCCACCUAGUGGUCGUCGGAACUGA